AUGGCCAUCACGUCAAACGUUCCUCGUGGUGCGGUCACGGCGAAGCUGAACUAUUUUACCCCGCCGGCUGACGGUUCCAAGCCAUUCAACCAUGUCGAUACACCGCCCGAGGGCCUACCGCAGCGCAACUUCACAGACGAGGUCGUCGACACCGUCAUCCACGACAUCAGGGGGAACGAGGCUGACUACAACCUGGACAAGGAUGCCUUCCAGGUCAUCCGGAAUGUCCCCGAGUCCAAAGAGAAGGACUUCACCGACGACGCAUCCAUCCAGGCCAACUACUACCCUGAGCUCGAGGAGCUCCUGCUGAAGAACAUCCCCGGCGCCAACAGGGUGGUCUUCUUCGACCACACCAUCCGCCGGACGGACCCCAAUGCAAAGCGCGCGCCCGUUAACAGGACACACAUCGAUCAGACCGCCGUCUCUUCCGAGAUGCGCGUCAGACGCCACCUCGGUGAUGAGGCCGACAAGCUGUUGCAGGGGAGAUACCGCAUCAUCAACGUCUGGCGCCCGCUGAACAAGAAGCCCGUUGAGUCGUAUCCCCUCGCGUUCGCGUCCUCGUACAGCGUCGACGACGCGGACGUCAUACCCGUUGAGCACCGGUAUAACAAUGGGUACACUGGGUUCACGGCCGCUAUUAAGGCCAACCCCAAUCAGAGGUGGAACUAUUUGAGCGGAAUGACUGGCGAUGAGCGGUUGUUGCUGGAGUGCUUUGACAGUGACGCUUUGAAGGAGGGUUCCAAAAUCCAAGGUGGCAGGCUUCCCCACACAGCCUUUGAGGAUCCAAGGACGCAUCCCGACGCCGAGGGCCGCGAGAGCAUUGAGGUCAGGGCGCUGGUUUUCGGGCCAUGA